ACGGCAGUGCCCUCGGUUCGCGAGCCCGAGGACAUUCAAGGGGCAAGGCGGCGAGCCUGACUGGCAGGGAGGGACAUAACUGGCGUACAGCACUCGUCGAGCAGUGUGCCGUAUGUAUUGAGACAGACUUGACUGUUUUGGUUGGGGCAGUUUAUACAAGGAGAACCUUUGCCUUGUUGCCCUGCGUGCUCGAACUCCCGGUAGCUCCAGGAAAGAAGGAAGAAAAGCCGUUCUCAAGAUGUGCAACGAGGUUGCCGCCUCUGGUCCAUUGAAGAGGCACAAGACCAGAGGACAUGACGCUUCAAGGACCAGAGACAAGUGGCGCAAGAAUGCAGAGUCGAAGAGGGUGCUCGGCGAGAAGGGGAUGAAAUGCUUGAAGGGAUUCCUAGAUGAGGAGAUCGCCGUGAUGCCUCAGGCUGGCAAUGAGAACUUGCCGUCCAUCUUCGUGACACCUGCCGAGAUCAUUCGGUACACGCUGGCAAGCUUUGCCUCCAAAGGAUGCGGGAGGCGAGGGCAGGCUGCGCCCAUGUUCGCGGAGGUGUACGGAAGUGUGGCCCACAGGGUUGUCUGCACUGAUGUUGAGAUUGAGAACCUUCCAAAUCCUCCCACUGACUUUGACGUUCGAUUCUACAUCCCGAAACUCUUCGGGUGCGACAUGUCAUGCUUCGACAUCUGUAGGAACAUCAUUGAAGAACUCCUGGCCAUGAAGCUGCGGCUGAUCCUUCAGGCAGAGGACCCUUCAGCGUGCAUGAUAACACUUGUUCGGACAAAGUACUUCCAGAAGCAAGUUGUCGUUGGAAACAGCUUCAGCCUCCUUUCCAUUGGAGACUUCAACUCUGGCAAAGCGAUCGACAUUGAGUUCUGGAGGAACCUAGAGGGAGGGCGCAAGUACUUUGAUGACGCGAACUCGUUUGUGAUUCCUCUGAACUUGGAGCAGCUUGCGGGUGUCAUGCCUGUCAAUGCUUUCACUAUGACAGAGUCGUUUCAGAGAGCACUCGAUCUUGCUGCCGCCAAGACCCUCGUGGUCGACGAACCUCUGAAUGUCCUGAACGGGUUGACUCUGUACGCGCACGCUCUUUGUCACAAGAUUCUGCUCCCGGAGGAUAUUGCUUGUGAGGACAGCUAUGGCACGCUCUUUGCGGACUCGUUCAUGGACACCUGCUUCAUGCUGCAGGGCAGGUUUGACGACCCAUUGAGAUACGUGAAGAGCUUCAUUCGCUCGCACUACACCGGCGCGCCGAUCUGUGCCCUGGUCACUUUGACUCAGAUGAUAGUGGAAAUCUUCCACCAUGGUUCCUCGGACUUCACGGGAAGGGCUGUCGAGCAGAACGUUGUCGUUCUGUUGUCGAACUUCUUCGCUGAGCUGCUCUACACUGUGAUCUCCA